GAAUUCUCGCCAUCCCACAGUAAGGUGUCUCAUUGGGAUUCCGGUCAUGGCGAAGAGGAAGCGCAACAACGCUCACAUGAGCACGGCGUCCAAGAAGCAGGCCGCAGGGACGACGGGCAUCCGCACUCCACCGUAUGAGGCACACAGUGAUGGGCCGACCACAAUGGCGUCUGUCGUUCCCGCUGAAGAUGUCGAGAUCACGCUGGAGACGUUGCAGGCUCUGGCCGCGCAUCCCAGCGUCAUCAAAUCGAAGUCGUGCAAGGACUUGAGGACUGCCGUAUUCAAUUUUAGUCAGGCGUGUACAACAGGCCGAAAUGCCUUGACAGAGGGGAACAGCCUCACGGCUCGGAUAUCGGCUGCCCUGACCGAUGCGAACUACACCGAAGCCAUGAUUCUGCUGGCCGAGAUGCGCAUCCGAAAAGAGACUCCUUCCCUGGGUGCACUCUGUCGCUGGGUGCGAGUGUUGGAUGUGAUCAGUGGACUGGCCAUUCACGUCGAGCCGUCCACGAAGACGAUUGCAACCCGCACACCACAGAACCACGAGCUGCGCCAAGUCUUGGACGCAGUGCUGCGAGUGACUGGCCCUACUGAUCCCACAGCGCUGGGCACAGCUGCUGAGCCGGGUACGAUUGCGUUGCAAAGCACGUGGAACUUGCGCGACGCCCAAGAACCCACGCGCCAGACUCGCGCGAGCGUGGAGGACAAGACCAUCUUCAAAUCAUGUCCGCCCAAUCUGAAAGAAAAGUUCCGAAUCAUCGAGACUACGCCUGGUGUCGAAAGGAAGCCUCCCAAUCUCCACCCUGCUGUGCUUUUUGCCUCCCAAGAUGACACAGUCCUGCUCACCAACGGACCUCAAACGACAGUGCACAAUCAUCCGGUGGUGCCGAAUCUCCGAAUGAUCAAGGACGUCCUGUCCCCCGAAGAGUGUUCUUCCAUCAUUGCUGCAGGCGAGACAAUGGAGUUCAUCCCAGACGCGCCCAUCCGUAGCGAUGAGGACACGAGCGUUCUCGCCCACAACUUUUACUGGGUGGUAGACCAGGCCUUCCACGAUAAGCUUUGGGACAGAGUCAAAGCAUUUGUACCAGAGUCUGUCACAGGUAGACAGGUACGAGGGAUCAACAGAAGAUUUCGUGUGUAUCGAUACGUGCCUGGUGCAGAGUACAGAUGUCAUAUUGACGGCGCAUGGCCACCAUCCGGCAUCGAUCCUGUGACCGACGCAUACCAAUACGACUCUUCCCCACCAGACGCUCGUCAAUCCUCUCUCUUCACCUUCCUGAUCUAUCUCAAUGAUGACUUCAAAGGUGGCGAAACCACCUUCUUCAUUCCCAGCUGCCAAGAAGGUGUGAUGAAUGCUUACCCCGUAAAGCCAAUCAUGGGAAGUGUCGCAGUCUUUCCUCACGGAGAAGCCCAAGGAGCUCUCUUGCACGAAGGAACAGGCGUCGUCGAAGGCGCCAAAUAUGUCAUCAGGACCGAUGUGGAGUACGACGUUGGAGUCACAGUGCCACCAUCUGGUGAAUCUGCAACAGUUGGAAUCAAGCGAAGUGUCAUUGAAGAGUAAAUAGCGAUGAUCACACGAAUGUCAUGACCCAAAAAAAGAGAGGGAAAUUAGUAGAUUAACAACAGAACACCCAACCCAUGCCCAC